CGACGUUUCCCCUUUCGUUGACUCCUUCACCACCACCACCAGCCAUCCACGCCCUCGGGACCGCUCCCUAUCAUCGUCAUCACCACGCGGUCUUCUUGACGACACUUUCACGCCGCAGAGAUCGCUACUUGACGAUCACCAAAAGGCUGAGCGAAACUCGAUCGCCCUUGCCAAGGUUACCUAGGACAACGCCGAAUCAGCAACCCUCAUACCCACUGCCCCCUCCUCGCUCGCUCUGCUGAGCAAACAAGCCACACUCUUUUCCGUGCCUUUCCCUCUUCACCGCAUCACUUUCGCUGCCUCGUUCGCUAGCUAUUCCAUUCCCUAUACGACAAGAUGUUCGACACCAGCCUCCUCUUCGCCAACAAGAUCCUCUUUGUCACUCUCAUUCUCGCCGUAGCAUCAUGGCUCGUAGCCUUCAUUGGUCAAGCAGCAGCUGAGGCGCAUGACACGCUGCACCUGGGUACAGUCUGGUUCGGCAUCUUCGUUCAACUCUUCCUCAUUCUCGGCGUCGUAGCCACCUUGGCUACCGACUCCAUCGGGCUCGUCCGCCUACAGGUAUCUGCAUGGACCAUCGUUGCCCUCGUCUUUGCGGUACAGGGCAUCAAUUUGGGCAUCUACGAAGAUGUUGGAAGCUACAGGGCAAUGGCUGCGGGCUACUUUGUCCUAACCAUCGUACUGGUGCUCUGGCUCUUCUUCUUUACCGCAGAGGAAGGUUCUCCCAUCUUCAACUUCUUCUACUCCGUCGGCGGCGGCUUCCCGAUGAGCAGCAGCGGCCGUCGUCAAGGCGGUGGAGGCAUGGGCGGCGCAGGGUCGAGCGCGGCAUCUAGGAGUCAGAUGAGGAUGGCCAGCGGUGGAGUUGGGUCAGGCGUUGGCAAUGGCUAUGCAAAUGGCCUCGGCGGCGGUGCUGGCGGCUACCAGCAGGCAUAUGGCCAUAGCCCAUCGACGGCUGAUGUCACCUCGGGCGCAGAGAUGGGCAAGCCGUACGGUACUACCAUGGGUGCUGCGGGAUCAGAGCUCGGCGGACACAGCCUCAACGACCAUCGCGGCAUGGGUGGCGGCGUGAGCUCGCCCAAGGUUGGCGGCCCUGCCGGUACAGUGGACGGUCACUCGACGACUGGCGGUGGUGACCCUGUGCCUGGCUACGGGUACAAGGCGAGGGCCCUCUACGCCUAUCAGGCCAAUGCGGAUGACCCGACGGAGAUUUCAUUUACCAAGGGCGAGAUCCUCGACAUCGUGGACAACUCGGGCAAGUGGUGGCAAGCGAGGAAGGCCAGCGGCGAGACUGGUAUCGUUCCUAGCAACUAUAUGCAGCUGCUCUGAGCGAAGAAGCACCUGCCGAGGCAAACCAUCUGGACCGCCAUCGAGGCUGGCGCUGGUCUGGCUAGACGACUUUGAACGAAGUGAUGAAGAUCGAUACCAAAGCUGGGUGUGGGGAGAAGCAGGCGCAGCAGGUGCUGGCAAGACGACGUACAGACUCAGUGAAAAGUGAGGGUCGAGGCUGGGCUUCGCAACACAAAUAUCUGGUCUCGACGGGCACACCACUGGCAUUUCAUCCUCAUACGAUACUCUCUCCAUCAACGUCACACAUUCUCUUACUUUCUUUUCCAUCCCUCCGUGCCCCUCUCAUCCUCGACGCUUUCAUAGCUAUUGUACUUAUCCAGCCAAGAAAUUCUCUUGCGAUUGCGAACCUCUUUGAU